GGCCAAAAGGCCGGCGCGCACCGGGCGCGGCUGCAAAGGGGAACCGCGGGCGCGUCAAAAAAAGCUCUCAGAACAUCGCUGCGCCGAGACGCGCGUCAACACAUCGAUCGCGCGUCGUGCCGCAACAAGUUGGGCAAGCUCUCAGCACUGCCUGGACGGCGACGCCGCACGCGGGACGCGCUAGCGCACGCCACCGCUUUGCAAACUCUCAGCACUGCUGGACGGCGCGCGCGCAAGCGAACGCAUCGCUCGCCAAAAAGAAUGGCGCACCCCCUCGCGCUCGACGCCGCCACGACGCUAAGACUCCCACAAGCUCUGGAAGAGGCCGAGACGCAUUAUCUGCGAGCGCUGAAGGCGGCACUAGCAAGAGACGACGCCGUGCAGGUCGUGGCAGCCCCCCCAAACGCGGACGCGGGCGCCGUCGGCGCGCUCUUCCACGCCUUGAAAAGACCCCUCGUCUAUGCGACUGACGGCACGGCCAGUUGUGAACGCGCGGCGGGCGCCAUGCGUUCUUCCGGUUGUGGUGUCACCAUACUAACGAGUAGGAGGCGCGCCUGCACGAAUGAAGACAUACAAACGUCAGCCCAGAGCGACUUUGAGGUCCUGAGGCGGGCCGCGGGGCGGAAAAGUGAAGACGUGCCUGUCAAGAGGCGCAAAUUAGAUGCAUGCGCCUACGCCCAAUCUCGUAAAGAUGCCGAUGCAUCGGACGUGAUUGUACUGGAUGCGCGGCUCAUCCUCGAUCCCCGGUCUUCACUAGCUCUACCAGAUAAAGCUGUGGUGUUGUUCGACGAUGCGGUGGAUGUGGAAGGUUUAGCGAGAUCGUUAGCUUCUGUCAGAGUCGACGACGCACUCCUAGAAAGAGCGGACCGCGAGUGCGCGCGCCUCGACAGAAAGGCUUCGAAGUCGGAGACGGAGUGCAACCGCGACUACGUGAAAGUCUCGCAGAGCAAGACGACGCCGCCCUCAUCAAUAUGUGGCGUCUGCGGGUUGGCGUCGUCGGUAGAUGCCGAUGCUGAUACGACGCGGGUCCCGGGCGACUGCCGGCGGGCGCACCACUUUCUUAGAAGAGUGAGAACCUUCAUCAAACAUCUGAAACAGGCCGCAAAGACGUGCAGCGCCAAGGCAUUCUUGUUAGAAAUAGCCGAGUCGACGUCCGGCGAGACGCUGGCAGCUUUUCCUCGCAGAUUAGCCUCUCUCAGGAACGCCCUCAAAUGCCAGGGAGCGGGUCCGAAGGCCCAGGCGUUGGACGAGGUCUGCGCCUUCGCUCGGCUCGUGACGCGCGUACCGGCGUUAGUUGUCGAGGGCAAACGUCUCGAGUGCCUGGACGCGCGACGAGCCUUGGACGAACUGCGGUUUUCCCAGCCGUUGAUUGUCGCGGCGACCUGUGCUGCGGAGGUUGUAGCGAAAUUGUUGAGAUGCGAGCCGCCGGAGCCGGCUCUAGCGACGGCUCGGUCAGCAUUACCAGUGGUAGUAGCAAGAGGCGCGGACCAGCUCUCGCUCACGACGGGCCAGGGCGCGCUGCGGAACGACCCGACGCAGGCGCGGAACUACGGCACGUUAGUCGCCGACGUGGCUGACAGUGUGCCAGAUAAUGUGGUCUGCGUUUUUCCGACGAGCGAGGACAUGGAGAGCGCGCUCGUCACGUGGGACUCUACAGGAGCGAUGAGAAAAAUACUGCAGAAGAAGCUCGUCACUUGUGCUGUUGGCGAUGAAUCUGAGACGUCGAAAGCCUUGGAGGUCUUUUGUCGAUGCGCCGAUCGAGGUCGGGGUUGCGUGUUUUUUUGUGCCGCGUCUUCGGCGGCGUUGAGCUGUGCGAUAGGAUGUGCUAGAACCGUGAUCUUCGCGGGCGUGCCCCUGGAGCCCAUGAGCGAAGCGGUCCGCGCUAGGUUGGAUCGCGCGCUCUGUGAUUUACAACUGCGCGAGUCCGACCACUUGGCCGCGCGAGCGGCUCUGAUGACGCGGGGGGCUCUCUCAAGGGCGGAAGCUGUUGUACUGGCGGACCAGCGCUUCGCGCGCGCGGCCCAUCGAAACCAUCUGCCAAAGCACGCGCGCGACGCGGCUUUAAGAGAUGGGGGCUCGGCGGACGCGGCCGUGUCGGCGCUGCGGGCGCGGUUCCGGGGCAGUACGGGCUAACUUUUAGGAACUUUA